AUGCAAGCUGUACACCUAAGGCUAUAUCUUCUUCUGCAGAAGGAGGACACCCUGGCUAGGACCUAUCACCCCCAGACUGAUAGAUCAACAGAGAGGAUAAACAGGGUCAGCCCCUUCUACCUAAGCCAUAGAUAUAACCUCAGCCUAUUUAGCCUUACUGAGGAGGUAGAGCAACUAGCUGAAGAACCAGCCAAGAGUCCUAUCCAGAAAGGGGAAGCUAUUGUACAGAAAGUUAAGGAAGCCCUAGACUGGGCUUAA